GGGGCAUAAUGUGAACUCAGGAAAUUGAAACUUACUCUGCCCAGAGGGAGCCAUGGCUGCAGAGAACCACCUGGAAAGUCUCCAGGAUGAAGCUACUUGUCCCAUCUGUCUGGAGUAUUUCACAGAACCUGUCACUCUGGAGUGUGGGCACAAUUUCUGCAGAGCCUGCAUCACCCAGUGCUGGGAGGGAUCGGAUACAGCCGCCUCCUGCCCUCAGUGCAGAGAAACCGUGCAGCAGAGAAACCUCAGGCCGAACAGGCAGCUGGCAAAUGUCCUAGAAAUAGCCAAACGGCUGAGUUUACAGGCAGCAAAAGGAGCAGGAGAGGAUGGGGUGUGUGAGAGACACCAGGAAGCUCUGAAACUGUUUUGUGAAGAGGAUCAAACCCCCAUCUGUGUGGUGUGCGACAGAUCCCGGGCUCACAGAGCUCACAUGGUGGUUCCCAUAGAGGAGGCUGCCCAGGAGUACAAGGAAAGAAUCCAGGCCCAUUUGAAGACUCUGAGGGAAGAGAGAGAAAAGCUGCUGGGAUUUAAAGUGACUGGAGAGGGGAAAAGGCAGGAGUAUCUGAAACAAACACAAACUGAGAGGCAGAAGAUUGUGUCUCAAUUUCAGCAACUGCGGCAGUUCUUGAAGGAACAAGAGCGACUCCUGCUGGCCCAGCUGCAGAAGCUGGACCAGGAGAUUCAGAGGAUACAAAAUGAAAAUUUCAGUAAACUCUCAGAGGAGAUUUCCCAUCUUAGUGAGCUGAUCGGUGAAACGGAGAGGAAGUGUCAAAAGCCAGCAAGUGAAUUCCUGCGGGAUGUCAGAAGCACCUUGAACAGACUCCAACAGAGGAGACUGGCCACGAUUUUAAGGGUGAAAUCUGCGUACUGUGAACUGCAAUAUCCAGUGGGGUGGGAGAAGGGGAAGUUCCAGCAGCCAAAGGAGAUUUCUCCUGAACUGGAAGAGCAAGUCAGUGGUUUCUCCCAGAAAACUGUUGCGCUAGUGGAGGCUCUGAGGAAGUUCAAAGACACUCUGCCAUCUACACUAGAGACAAAAAGAGGGGAAUCCCUAAGAACAAACAGACAGGCGAAUGUGACUCUGGAUCCAGACACGGCUCAUCCCCAACUCGUCCUGUCUGAGGAUCGGAAAAGUGUGAGAUGGGCAGACAGACGGCAGAGACUACCCAACAACCCUGAGAGAUUUGACCCUGAGCCCUGUGUGCUGGGCUGUGAGGGAUUCACCUUGGGGAGACAUUGCUGGGAGGUGGAGGUUGGCGGUGGGGAAGGCUGGGCUGUGGGAGUGGCCAGAGAGUCUGUGGGGAGGAAAGGACGGAUCAACCGUAGCCCUGGGGGCGGGAUCUGGGCCCUGGAGUGGUGGGGGGGGCAGUUCCGGGCUCUCACCUCCCCUGUGACCCUCCUGCCCCAGCGCCGGGUCCCCAGCAGGAUCCAGGUUUGUCUGGACUGUGACCGGGGGCAGGUGACAUUUAUCGAUGCUGGUGACAAGGCCCCGAUCUUCACUUUCCCACCAGGCUCCAUCCCUGGGGAGAGAAUCCGACCCUGGCUCUGCGGGGAAUGGAGAUCCCGGCUCAGACUGUGUCCCUGAGACACUGGGGGGGGGGUGUAAUAGCCUCGCUAGCUUCACACUCCCUACUCUCUGUGACCUCUCCCUGUGGACUUUCUAUCCUGUCUCCGUGACCCCUGGAGGCUCCUCCCCUCUACCUCCCUGCAGCACCAGGGGUUGGAGCGGGAAGGGUGAAGAACCCCUGGAGCUGCAGGAGGAGCAGAGGGGCCCUGAGGGGCAGAUGUGGGGGCUGCAGGGUCAGAACUGAAGGAGGGGCUGGGGACAAUUAAAAGUCAGGCUGGGGACAGGCAGAUGUGGGAGUGGCAGGGUCACAGAUUUAAUGGGAGUUUUGGGGAGAAGUUGGAGACUCUGCACCAGCAUGGAUGCUAGCAGAGGGAUAGCUAGGGACUGGGGAGUGUGCAUUCAUUGCAAUAUCCAGUAGAAAUGAAUGGUUAGCAUACACAAGUUCUGCAUCGAUAGAAGGGUUUUUUUCCCAUCAAUGCAGUUAAUUCACCUCUAGGAGAGGCAGUAGUUAGGGCAACAAAGAAUUCUUCCCUUGACCUAUCUGCAUCUACAUCGGGGUUAGAUUGACCUAACUACAUCACACAUGGUGUGAAUUUUUUCACAGCUCUGAGCAAUGUAGCUAGGUCACCCUAAGGGUUAGAGGUGGACCAGGUCUCAGGAUGAAUAGGGGUAUGUCUACACUACAUUGGCUAGAGUGGCACAGCUACAGCGCUACAGCUGUGUCCCUGACGUGCCGUAGUGUAGCUGCUUCCUACAUUGACAGAAGGUUUUUCCAUCGCUAUAGUUAAUCCCCCUUUCUGAGAGGCCGUAGCCAGGUCACCAGAGGAAUUCCAUUGUCUGCAUCAGCGAUUAGGUCCAUCUAGCUGUGGCACUCAGGGCAGACAAUGUUUCACAGCCCUGAGUGACAUCAUUAGGUUGAUCUAAGUGUUAAGUGUAGAGCAGGCCUAAGGGGUUUCCCUGGAGCUGGCUGAAAACACCGGGGCUGAGGGAUUGGCUGGCAGCUUGGUGUGUGAGAGACAGAAAGCCAAGAGAAGUAGUCAUGCGUGUGAUCCCAGCAGGAAACUGCAAGACAGAGCUUGCUUCAGGCACAGGGUUCCCUGGGAACACAUGGAUUUCUGAGUAAGGAAACUGCCAGCUGCUGUUUGUUCAGGGCACAGGAAUGUGUGGACAUUGUAAAUAAUAAAGAUUGCACCAAAGAAAUACCUGACUCCUAUAAUCAGUUUCUCCUCCCAGUGGAAGAACCUAGCAAGGCCCCAAACACUGGCUAACUGCUGAGGUCAAAGGAGCGAUGAUACAACCCAAGUCAGAAUCUAGACCAGUGGAGGGAAAUGCGUUGGUGGGAAACAUUUGCAGGGAGCUCCAGCAGCAAAGAGCCUGUGCAGAGGAGCAGAUUGCUGCUAACUGUGAACUUGAGCAUGUCAGCUUUGUGUGUUGAGCAGUCCCCAUUGUCCCUUCUCUCAGGACACCAGGGAAUCCAGAGGCUGCUACAGAACUUUUACUGGCCUGGAGUCUGAUACUGUCCAACAGUAUUACAGGUCCUGUGACCCCUGUCAGAGGGUGGGGAAGACCCGGGACAAGGGGAAAGCAGCUUUGAGACCUUUGCCCAUUGUUAGGAUAUAGAUAUUCAGGCCUGUCUGCAAAGGCCUAUACUUUAAGA